AUGAUUCGCGGCUCACAAUCCACCUCAUUACUGGUCCUCGGUGCUUUCACCUUUGUUGUGACAGCCAGUGCUAUAUCUCUCCUUUCCAUCAAACAGUCCAGGAAAAAGGUCCCCAAAUCACCUCGUCGUGAAAAGCUACCAAAAGAUCUCGAAACUUGGAAAUUUCUCAGCUUCGAAAAAUACGUAGAAGUAUGGGACGAACUCCGACCUCUGCUCGAACAGCAUAAUUUUCAGCUGUGGACAACCACCCCCGGGCAACAGCUUUGGGAUUAUGAUCUGCCUCCACAGGGAGAUAAUUUCUUAUACUUGACUUCGCACAGCGCCCCAAAUAUAUCAUGGGUAAGAUGGCGGAGGUUUAGUUUUAUAACGGUGUGCCUUCACCACGCUGCUCGUAUGAAUGGAAUUCGCGACGUCGUUCUUCGUGUAGUUGCCCUAUCAGGCGAAGGACAGACCCACCUGCGAAUUAUGAAGCGACUUGCAUCCCCUCCAGACCAGUUGCUAAGCAGCAACCACAUUCUGCCUAUUUUACACGAGGUUUACUUCCAGGAUAUUGUCAUUAUAGCUGUCCCAAAGCUUAUUUUCGAUCUUCAUGAGGUCCUUCUCUAUCCAGAGUCAUGCUCCGUUGAAGACGCCUUAUACAUGGUGCUCCAGGCUUUUGAGGCAACUGCAUAUCUCCACCAAAACCUUAUUGCGCAUCGUGUAGGUUUCCUGUUACUUGAAGGCGUUUCGUCUUUUGAAUAUCAUAUACAGGAUCUAUAUCUACCUAACUUUAUGGUUGAAUGGAUGCCCGAGUCUUUGACUAAACGCACAACCGUGGCUCGUCCUAGGGUAUACAUGAUCGAUUUUGAAACUGCAGUUGACUUUCCAGCGGACUCCUUAGAGUCGGAUAGGGUGUGCACAUCGUUUCAUCGGGAUCUAGAACAAUUCGGUCGUAGUAUUGCGCCGGAACUUAGAACGAAGGAGCCAUAUUGCCCAUUCAAAUUGGAUAUGUGGGAGUUGGGAAACGAUCUACGCAUUUUUCUGUUGACCGGGCUGGAUGAGGUCGACAGACUUUGGCAGGCUCUUUGCGUACCUAAUCCUCAGGACCGCAUGACAGCUGACACUGCCCUGAAGACUCUUGAUGAAUUUCUUCGUAAAACUCCUUCCAUUGAUCUCCACCGAGAACUGUUGUACCCGACCAAUAAUGGCUGA